UGCUUCACUUUCGGCAUCGGUCAGAGUGCUUGCAGGAGACUGGUGACAGGACUGGCGGCUGUUUCCAAAGGAACGGCAGAGUUCUUGGCAGAAGGGGAGAGACUGCAGCCCAAGGUCCUCAUUUCCAAUGACAUGUUUAUCGUCCUCUUUGCGACAACCAGCUAUUCUCAGUGUCAUAGAGGAUGGCCAUUAUGCAGUGGAUGCAAAUUGUUCAGACAGAGUGCUCGCCACUGUUACCAAUUAACAAUUCAUUUUGCUGAGCAAAACACCCAUUAGAAUCAGUCUGCUCCACAGCAUACUUUAUGUUUUAAAAGGAUCCUUUAUUAUUCCAUUCUCACAGGCUUACAGACUCUAGUCUUGUUUUCAUAAAACCAAUUGUAUUGUACAGACAGAGGGUAACAGGGUAUUUCAUAAUAAUUUCAAUAGACAAUGCGGUGUUCUUGACAAUGUCAGGAAGACAAUGUCAUCUGCAUCUCUGCCUGUACUCUCCCAGAUCACUGAACAUCAUAAGAAUAAUUUCAAUAGAUCUGUUUCUAUUCUAUUUCAACUGCAUCUCUCUGUCUGUAUAUACUCCCAGAUUAUUAAGUCGCUGAAGAAAACCAUGGCCCCAGUGCUGAGUGACAUAGCCAUCGACUGGUUGUUCCCUGACACCAAGGAGGUGUUGCUCUCCCCAGUGGGCUCCACAUUCCUGUUCCCUGGGGACUGUUUGAUUGGCUACAGCGUGGUGUGCGACACCACGCGCUACCAUCCCAAUCCCAAAUCUGUAAGUAGGCCUACACCUUGACAUAAAGUGGCUAUGUAAUAUGUAUUCAUAUUUCUUAGUGUGAUUAAGAUAUUGAGUCUCCUCACUCCUGAAUGAGACUCAAGCACAUCAUCUGUUCCCCUCUAUUUAAAUUCAAUAGAUCUUCUCUAUGUUAAGUGAUUCUAGUGAAGGAUGUGGAUUAUUUUUUGAAGGCUUAAAUAUCCUCUCUGAAAAGGUGUCGAAAAGCAAUAUCUUGAAAUGAAUGUCUUUGUCAGCAACUAUCAAUUAGUGUCUCUCAAGUGUUGUAGAUACGCAGGACUCAAACAUUUCCCUUUCAACUCUUCCACCAGGAUAAAAGGAGGCGCUACAGUAUGAUGCAUUCCAAUGAGUCAGCUAGCUCAGUGUUCUACCACUCCCAAGAGGAGGACCCAGGGACGACUACAGGCUUCUCUGACGGUCAGGGAACGCACAGGGACAUACACUCCGGCCCUCCGUUUGACUCCUAUUUGGACUCCAUGUCAGAAAGCAGCCCUGGCCCCAGAGAACAAAACGCCAUGGGUAAGAAUCUAGAGGUCUUAGAUCAUCUCUGCAUUUCCACUGGUUCAAAUUCCAUUUUUGUUUAGUUGGUCCAAUUCACACGGUAAUGAUCACUUGGUCAGACAUGAUCACUCAUUCAGACAUGAAACGUUUAUUUGUGCAUACAAAUGAUUGUGAUCUUUUCACAAACCCAUAGGAAUGGACAGCAAAAUGUCACCUAGAAGACGUCUGUUUAGCACCAACCAGAUAGUGGACUACAACCCCAACAUGAAGAAGACCUACACUCCCAGUGACCCCAGCUCUGUAGAGGGGAAGAACCCACUGAGGAGAGCGAAGGUCCAGGAGCUGAAUGGACAGACCAGCCCUGACUAUGGAGCACAGUGGAAGAAUGACUACCACGUGAGUGCAGAGUCUGUGAUCUUGUGGCACUGCCAACAGAUCUGGGUCUCGACCCUAGAGACUGGAGUUCGAUUCCUGUGUCCACUCUCCUCUUCCUCUAUCGCACACUCUACUUCUAACCUGAAGAAGAAUGACUACGAGGGGAAUUGUUCUAGAAAAGAAAAACAUGUAUAGAAUACAUUAGAAACAUGUCUUAAUAUGAUCCACAUGGUUCAUUGAUUUCAGUCUUCAAAUAGAAUCCUUUAAGUGUGAAUCCAAUUUAUUCUUUGUUCAUAUCCACACAAAAGCAAUUUAAGAAACACCACAUUGGCGCAAAAAUAAUAGGCUUUCAUGGAAAAAGUCAAAACCAUUAUUCUGAAAAAGAUUGUUUUUUACAGGUUGAUCCUGCAGCACAUGAAAACCCCAAAUCUCUUUCGGACAAUUAUAAUGUAUUUUCAAUAAGAAAAGCCAGGAAGUCAGUGUUGAAAUUGCAGUGGCGGUGGAGGAGUAAUAAUGGCGUGGGAUAAAGCUAUCUGACCCUGGGCUGAGUUGGAGUGUAAUCAAGAAUACAAAAGAGGAAUGUUCUCUCAUCACUAAUGAGGGCCACCAUCAUAUCAUGAAUGACAAUGGACUGUCUGAAAGUUGCCCAGAGAGCAUUGGCAUAAUGAGGCAAGGCUCACCUGUCUCUCCAUGGUUUCUGCCCUUGUACAAAUGAUUGACUUGGAAUUUGACAUUGAUCUGCAGACUGUGAUAGUUACCAGUGCAUGCAAGAUUUGGUUCUGGGUACUGAAAUUAUUGAUCUGCUUAUUAAGACAAAACAGGUUUUAUGAUCAUCAUCAACAUAUAAAUAUAAAUAAAUCUAAGAAAACAUUUUAUACUAAUUUUAUACUAAUUUAAAUUGUGGUGUAAGCCAUACCAUAAAAGAUAAUCAGAAUGUAUCUGCCGUUUUCCUUGAUUUAGUGUAAUCAGUGGAAUGGGCAAAAACAUACUCUGAUGACUGAGUCUAUCAUUACUGCAUGCACAAUGCCAUCACUGUAAUGGUCCUUAUUAACACUUGAGUGAGCUGCUUGGCUGAAUGGGCUCGAUCGCAAUUAGUGGUCGGUUCACAGUCGAGGGGAGUAAGUCAAUGGAUAUAUGGCUAUUAUUCUGGACAUAAAUUAACAAUGCAAUAAGGUUUAAUAACAACAUAUUUGGUCAUAGUAUUUUGCUAAACAUGUAUCUUUAUGUCUAACCCCUGACAGCCACAGCUGGUGAGUCUGUGUGCCACGUCUGCCAUGGCUUCCAGGGGGCGCCCUGCCAACGGGGCUUCUCACAGGCCCUCCUCCCAUCAGGAGGGGGCUCCCCAAGGGGCAGACCCAGAGCAUUCCCCAGGAGGAACCUGGAGCACCGGUGGGGAGGACGGCUCCUCUUCCACUGACCCUUCUGUCGGCAGCUUAGGCGACGCGGGUGGGUCCACAACCACAGACCUCACACUAACAUUGAGCAAUGGUAGACACACCAAUCUAUUCAAUAACUGAUAUCCCAGAUAAGCCAUCUAACUUCUCCUCAUUGUUGUGUUACCAGACUGCUACCCCAAUCAGCUGUGUGAGAUAGAAACCCCCCAGGAGCCUCCAGCCACGCCAGACCUGAACACCACCCCAGCCAGUCAGGAGGUGGUGAAGGGGGACUGUAAGGCCGUGGUGUCGGGCCUGCUCUGCGGGAAGCCAGUCAAGUGGGAGGUGACCUUUGAUAUAAAUCCCUACCUGAAGGGCAGAGAGCGGGAAGAGAAAGUUCACGAGGAACUGUGGAAUGAAACAUUCCAUCAUCUGGCUGGACGUUCCAUUAUUCAGGACUUUGAGCACAUGGCAGAUAAGGAGUGUGAAAUUGAGCAUGGUACGUAAGACAUGGGUAAAAUCUCAUUGCUCAAAUGUGACUGGAUUCAGGAUCGGGGCGUUUGAUGCGAUUUUGUUGUUGUUGCAGAAAAGCCUUCUUGAACAUGUGAACUUCCAUAUGCCUUAAUUAUGAACUUGAAUGGUAUCCGUAAAUAUGAAUAAAAAAUGUAAUUAUGAGUUUAGCCAAGGAGAAAGCACUGAGCUAUAUAGGGAUAAAGGCAGGAUCCAUGAUUGGCUGAGUAAUGGAGAGACUACCUUCUGGAGGACAAUGUCAUGCUGACUCAUGUGUUUACAUGUGAAUUCGUAAAGAGAUGGGUGGGGCUAAGGCUUAAGAAGUUGUGAACGAUGCUAAAUGGUAGGAAACAAAGAAGAGCUCUCUAGAAAGUGUGAAAAUCAUUUAAUGGCAUUUUUCUCCUACUUGUCUCCAAAGUUGAAUAACAAGUUUAUCACAUUUUUAAGAAGCAUCACUUUCCCAUGUUUCCCCUAACUGCAGUGUAUGAUACACUAUUUUGAAGCUCUGAGUCUGUAAAAAAAAGUUAAUCUCGAAAAUUUGACGUAAAGUCACCUUCCUAAAUUUAGUCACAAAUGGUAUCCUUUGGAGUGAUUGGUGUCUUUAUUUUUUUUGUUUUGGUAAUAGUUUAAUAGUUUACUCCUUCAAAUCCGUUUUAUAUUGGAAUUUAUGUAAAUGAAAGAUGAUGACGUGACAACAUGUUAUUUUGCAGGUUCUGGCAGAAGGUACCAGUUGUAUGCCAUUCACACCAGCAAGGCCUGUAACAUUCUCAGUAAAUACACUGCAUUUGUCCCUGUUGAUCUGGACACUAAUGAAUACCUACAGACCUCAAUCGACUACAUCAACCCAGGUGAGACACUCCUGUUCAUGGUAUGCAUACAGUGGGGGAAAAAAGUGUUUAGUCAGCCACCAAUUGUGCAAGUUCUCCCACUUAAAAAGAUGAGAGAGGCCUGUAAUUUUCAUCAUAGGUACACGUCAACUAUGACAGACAAAUUGAGAAUUUUUUUCUCCAGAAAAUCACAUUGUAGGAUUUUUUAUGAAUUUAUUUGCAAAUUAUGGUGGAAAAUAAGUAUUUGGUCACCUACAAACAAGCAAGAUUUCUGGCUCUCACAGACCUGUAAGUUCUUCUUUAAGAGGCUCCUCUGUCCUCCACUCGUUACCUGUAUUAAUGGCACCUGUUUGAACUUGUUAUCAGUAUAAAAGACACCUGUCCACAACCUCAAACAGUCACACUCCAAACUCAACUAUGGCCAAGACCAAAGAGCUGUCAAAGGACACCAGAAACAAAAUUGUAGACCUGCACCAGGCUGGGAAGACUGAAUCUGCAAUAGGUAAGCAGCUUGGUUUGAAGAAAUCAACUGUGGGAGCAAUUAUUAGGAAAUGGAAGACAUACAAGACCACUGAUAAUCUCCCUCGAUCUGGGGCUCCACGCAAGAUCUCACCCCGUGGGGUCAAAAUGAUCACAAGAACGGUGAGCAAAAAUCCCAGAACCACACGGGGGGACCUAGUGAAUGACCUGCAGAGAGCUGGGACCAAAGUAACAAAGCCUACCAUCAGUAACACACUACGCCGCCAGGGACUCAAAUCCUGCAGUGCCAGACGUGUCCCCCUGCUUAAGCCAGUACAUGUCCAGGCCCGUCUGAAGUUUGCUAGAGUGCAUUUGGAUGAUCCAGAAGAGGAUUGGGAGAAUGUCAUAUGGUCAGAUGAAACCAAAAUAGAACUUUUUGGUAAAAACUCAACUCGUCGUGUUUGGAGGACAAAGAAUGCUGAGUUGCAUCCAAAGAACACCAUACCUACUGUGAAGCAUGGGGGUGGAAACAUCAUGCUUUGGGGCUGUUUUUCUGCAAAGGGACCAGGACGACUGAUCCGUGUAAAGGAAAGAAUGAAUGGGGCCAUGUAUCGUGAGAUUUUGAGUGAAAACCUCCUUCCAUCAGCAAGGGCAUUGAAGAUGAAACGUGGCUGGGUCUUUCAGCAUGACAAUGAUCCCAAACACACCGCCCGGGCAACGAAGGAGUGGCUUCGUAAGAAGCAUUUCAAGGUCCUGGAGUGGCCUAGCCAGUCUCCAGAUCUCAACCCCAUAGAAAAUCUUUGGAGGGAGUUGAAUGUCCGUGUUGCCCAGCGACAGCCCCAAAACAUCACUGCUCUAGAGGAGAUCUGCAUGGAGGAAUGGGCCAAAAUACCAGCAACAGUGUGUGAAAACCUUGUGAAGACUUACAGAAAACGUUUGACCUGUGUCAUUGCCAACAAAGAGUAUAUAACAAAGUAUUGAGAAACUUUUGUUAUUGACCAAAUACUUAUUUUCCACCAUAAUUUGCAAAUAAAUUCAUUAAAAAUCCUACAAUGUGAUUUUCUGGAUUUUUUUUCUCAUUUUGUCUGUCAUAGUUGACGUGUACCUAUGAUGAAAAUUACAGGCCUCUCUCAUCUUUUUAAGUGGGAGAACUUGCACAAUUGGUGGCUGACUAAAUACUUUUUUCCCCCACUACGUUCACAUUGAAUGGCGGGGAGUUUUUUAAUACUUAUUUUAUCCAUUGUCAUGACACUUCUUCAGACCUUUAUUAAAAUCAAGGUAACUUUGUCCUUUAAUACCACAAAUGGGUACAGUUCUAAUACUUCUGUCACCCUUUUGGUUAAGAAAUACAGUGUGUCUCUGUUUAUCUGUUGGGUGUUUCAGGUGAGGGUCUGAAGCGGGGAUCUCACUCAAGCUCUCGCUCAGGGAGCAGGAAGAACCGGGGUUACUCCAUCGGACUGGGCCGCUCCCAGUCUGGCUGCAUGUCACAGGAGGCUGAGGACGAACAUCUGCCCGCCAGUAAGACCUUCACCGUACUACAUAGUCAACAUUUGUAUGUGAGAGGAAGAAUGUGUGAAAAUGUGUGACAGGUGAUAGUUUGAAGAGGUCAUACGCCUGCCAAACAGACAGAUCUGACAGGUUUUAGUCAUUUCCAUAUGAAAAGUUUCAUUCCAAAACGCUAUAUAUCCAUUUUCAGAAAUGUUGGUAAAUUAUAUUUUAUUAUUUAGAGAAGUUAUGAAAGAGGUUGUGUGUUUUUUGACUAUCUAAUCAUGGCAAUGGGUUGUGCAAUGACAGACAUGUAUUUGUUUGAAAUCUAUCAAUUGAUGGUUUCAUUUCAGAGAGACAAAUAAUCAUUUUUUUUUGGCAAAACGCUAUAUAUCCACCUCACUCUCAGAAAAAUAAGUAGUACUGCUAGGUUUUACACAGUCAAAUGUAAUCAGAAAUAACUACAUUUUUUAUAAAGAACUGUACAAAGGAUACAUUUGUGAUCAAUAAUUUUUUGUUGAAAAAACGCUUUAAAAAAAUGAAUCGAUACAGUAAUGUGAGAUCUGUAUGUAAAACAUUUACAUUUUACAUUUUAGUCAUUUAGCAGAUGCGCUUAUACAGAGCGACUUACAGAGUGCAUUCAUCUUAAGAUAGCUAGGUGAGACAACCACAUAUCACAGUCAAAUAUACAGUAUACAAACAGUCCAUUCCAGCUUAACAAUGGAUAUAUAGCGUUUUGCAAAAAAAACUAAUUUUAAUACAUAUCUAACAUCUAUUCAUAAAAAAUCUGAGAACUGUAAUAUUUUACACACACAUGAAGGUACCCAUAAGCAAUCAUUUCUAGUGAAAAUAAUUAACAAAUUGGUGGAAAUAGUGUUUUGGAAAUAAACUCUUAAUAUGCUUUGGAUGUUUUACAUGUAUAGUAUACUAUUCAUGAUGUCCACAGUGAUACUUUUCAAAUGACAUUGACCUAUCUUUUUGGUGGGUUUUAGGUGUGGAAGAUGGUGUCUCUCCAUGCAGCACCCCCUCAUCCUCUGGCUGGGAAAGAUGCAGCUUUACAGAUGGUGAGUUUUUAUAUGUCCUGUUUUGCUUUCAAGGAAAAUCACUAGCUCCCAAAUCGAGCAAAUAAUAUGAAUGUCUUCAUUAAAAAGCCCAUUUGUUUUCUUAUGGUCUACAUUAAUAACGUCUAAACACGCAUGCAAACACGCACACACAAACACACACACACACACACACACACACACAAACACACCCCACAGCUGCUAGAUUGUGUUUGUCCUCUGCUGUGGCUUCCAACCUCCUGUGGGUGUCUUAUCUGUGUACUGUGUGGCGGUGUCAUGUGGAGUGUAGUCGUGAUGCUCAGGUGAGACAGGAGAGAGAGCUAAAUGGAAAACUAGCGUGCCCUGACUGUCUCUUUCUCUCUCAAUCUCUUUAUUUAUCUCGUUCUCUUUCUCUCUCUGUCUCUCUCAGCCCCCCAGAGGAGCCCGUCUGUGACCUCAGACCAAUCACAGAAGUUGGUGGAGAGCCUCUUCUCAGCCAGGUGGGUGAUGGAGAGGGCCAGGCUGGAGAAUAACAUACUAACUGUACCGCUAGUGCUGUCUCAUGGCCAACUGAUAAUAGAAAAUGGGGACAGCAGAGGGUUUUUUAAUUCACUGAGUUACAUUGUUUUGUGUAAUCGGCAUGCAUAAUACACUUUUGCAGUUAUAAUGAUGGUUUGUAUGAUGUACUGUAAUUUUACUAAGUGACCUAAAUAUCAUUUUCACUUCCUGUUACUCUAUAUUGCGCUAUAAAUGGCAUAUUAUAUUCUGGAGAGGGCACCUGAUAGUUCUAGGGACUUCAAGUUAGGGCUGACCCCAUUUAAUCGACUGGUUGAUUGUUUGGUCGAUAGGCUUUUGGUCGAACAAGAUUGUUUUAGUAGAGCAGUGGCAAAUCUAUUGAAAACAUGUAUGGCACACGAGACACCGGUCUGAUUCACGCCCGUCUGAGUGGACUAAUCCAUUGUGGAGGCUACAGGGAUGGCACACCAGAAUCACCAGUAGUACAUUUAGCCUACCGUUAAUUCCCAUAAUUUCUCAUCUACAAUGUUUGUUUGGUUACAGUCAUUUCUGUCAUUAUUAUUACAGUCUUACUGUUGUCAUUGUAGGAGUGGACAUGUUGUUUGCAGAGCGCACAACCUACGCUACACCAGUUUUUGUUUAUUUCAUUCCAUUUACGAGUUGUCAAUUUAUUCAUUGUUUUUUGUUUGGAGCACUCCUGUCAAUCUCGAGUAAGGACACGCACCUGAUUACGCAUUUUUUAAAAAUAUAUUUUUUUUUCCCACCUUUAUUUAACCAGGUAAGCCAGUUGAGAACAAGUUCUCAUUUACAACUGCGACCUGGCCAAGAUAAAGCAAAGCAGUGCGAUAAAAAUAGCAACACAGAGUUACAUAUGGGGUAAAACAAAACAUGAAGUCAAAAAAUACAACAGAAAAUAUAUAUACAGUGUGUGCAAAUGUAGCAAGUUAUGGAGGUAAGGCAAUAAAUAGGCUAUAGUGCAAAAUAAUUACAAUUAGUAUUAACACUGGAAUGAUAGAUGUGCAAGAGAUUAUGUGCAAAUAGAGAUACUGGGGUGCAAAUGAGCAAAAUAAAUAACAAUAUAGGGAUGAGGUAGUUGGGUGGGCUAAUUUCAGAUGGGCUGUGUACAGGUGCAGUGAUCGGUAAGGUGCUCUGACAACUGAUGCUUAAAGUUAGUGAGGGAGAUAAGAGUCUCCAGCUUCAGAGAUUUUUGCAAUUCGUUCCAGUCAUUGGCAGCAGAGAACUGGAAGGAAUGGCGGCCAAAGGAGGUGUUGGCUUUGGGGAUGACAAGUGAGAUAUACCUGCUGGAGCGCAUACUACGGGUGGGUGUUGCUAUGGUGACCAAUGAGCUAAGAUAAGGCGGGGAUUUGCCUAGCAGUGAUUUAUAGAUGGCCUGGAGCCAGUGGGUUUGACGACGAACAUGUAAUGAGGACCAGCCAACAAAAGCGUACAGGUCACAGUGGUGGGUAGUGUAUGGGGCUUUGGAGACAAAACGGAUGGCACUGUGAUAGACUACAUCCAAUUUGCUGAGUAGAGUGUUGGAGGCUAUUUUGUAAAUGACAUCGCCGAAGUCAAGGAUCGGUAGGAUAGUCAGUUUUACGAGGGCAUGUUUGGCAGCAUGAGUGAAGGAGGCUUUGUUGCGAAAUAGGAAGCCGAUUCUGGAUUUAACUUUGGAUUGGAGAUUCUUAAUGUGAGUCUGGAAGGAGAGUUUACAGUCUAACCAGACACCUAGGUAUUUGUAGUUGUCCACAUACUCUAGGUCAGACCCGUCGAGAGUAGUGAUUCUAGUCGGGUGGGCGGGAGCCAGCAGCGUUCGAUCGAAGAGCAUGCAUUUAGUUUUACUAGUGUUUAAGAGCAGUUGGAGGCUACUGAAGGAGUGUUGUAUGGCAUUGAAGCUCGUUUGGAGGUUUGUUAACACAGUGUCCAAUGAAGGGCCAAAUGUAUACAAAAUGGUGUCGUCUGCGUAGAGGUGGAUCUGAGAGUCACCAGCAGCAAGAGCGACAUCAUUGAUAUACACAGAGAAAAGAGUCGGCCCAAGAAUUGAACCCUGUGGCACCCCCAUAGAGACUGCCAUAGGUCCAGACAACAGGCCCUCCGAUUUGACACAUUGAACUCUAUCUGAGAAGUAGUUGGUGAACCAGGCAAGGCAGUCAUUUGAGAAUAGAAGUAGGCCUAGGCUACCUGGCCUGCGCGCAAAUGUAGGCCUAUAAAUGUGCCCUUUUUGGGAUCUGAUACUAUUUCUGAUUGUCUUAACUCAUCAUCACUGUGGAACUAAUUCCUCAACGUAGCCUAUUUGAAAAAUCUUUCCAGCUCUCUCCCCUUUGAUAACCACUCAGCAUGAAAGGGAAAAAAAUGUAAUGCUCUGAUCCGGUGGAAUCGUCAUAAAAUAGGCCUACCUGAUUACUUCUUAUCCCUUGCACAAAUAGCCUACAGCUGUGUCUGUCUGUCCGGAGCUCACUGUGCAGGAAACACUGAGGGCCCAGAAUAUUUUAUACAAUGUUGCAAGUUUGCUAGCAUGAGGCCGGACCAAGUUAAUUGUUGAUACAAUGUUUCAAGUUCCUUGUAGACAGGCCAAGCGUAGCCAAUGUGAUUCAUAGGAUAUUUAUUUCUAUCAGGAUAUUUUCCAACUGCGGGCUGCAAUGUUUUUAUUGGUUGGCUUUAUGUAGGCUAUUUUUACAUAUUGGCAAUGACAAUAGACGUUACUUUUAGAUUUGUAUCAUUUUUUCACAAAAAUAUAAAUGCAACAUGUAAAGGGUUGGUUCCAUGUUUCAUGAGCUGAAAUAAAAGAUCCCAGAAAUGUUCCAUACGCACAAAAAGCUUAUUACUCUAAAAUGUUGUGCACAAAUUUGUUUAUAUCCCUGUUAGUGAGCAUUUCUCCUUUGCCAAGAUAAUCCAUCCACCUGACAGGUGUGGCAUAUCAAGAAGCUGAUUAAACAGCAUGAUCAUUACACAGGUGCACCUUGUGCUGGGGACAAUAAAAGGCCUCUCUAAAAUGUGCAGUUUUGUCACACAACACAAUGCCACAGAUGUCUCAAGUUCUGAGGGCAUGUGCAAUAGGCAUGCUGACUGCAUGAAUGUUCACAAGAGCUGUUGGCAGAGAAUUGAAUGUUCAUUUCUCUAUCAUCAUUUUAGAGAAUUUGUCAUUUUAGAGAAUUUGGCAGUACUUCCAACCGGCCUCACAACCGCAGACCACGUGUAACCACGCCAGCCCAGGACCUCCACAUCCGGCUUCUUCACCUACGGGAUCGUAUGAGACCAGCCACCUGGACAACUGAUGAAACUGAGGAGUAUUUCUGUCUCUGAUAAAGCCCUUUUGUGGGGAAAAACUCAUUUUGAUUGCCUGGGCCUGGCUCCCGAGUGGGUGGGCCUCCCACCCAGGCCCACCCAUGGCUGCGCCCCUGCCCAGUCAUGUGAAAUCCAUAGAUUAGGGCCUAAUUUAUUUAUUUCAAUUGACUGAUUUCCUUAAAUGAACUGUAACUGUAAAAUCAUUGAAAUUGUUGCAUGUUGCAUAUUUUUUUUUCAGUAUAGAUCGAUUUUUGAUUAAUCACAUAACAUUGAUUUUGAUAUAUGAAGACUUUAUUAUGAAUGAAAACAACUCUUCCAUGAAAAUGUGCAUAUGAUAACUGGCACGCAAAUGAGUAGACAUGGUACGAUAACUUGGCACUCCAAAUGGAAAAGGUUGCCGACUGCUGGUGUAGCCGAUUACUGGCAACUUCAGGAGUUUAAUGGCAGAGGCAUAAUCUGCGAAGGCCAGCAGCAGCGGGAGGAACAGGGACGGGAACAGGUUUUUUCUUCUGGUUAGGUUAUAUUGAUCUCUGGCUCUGGUUAGGUUAUAAUGAUCUCUGGCUCCCUCUUUAGUAAUUUGUGUUUCUUCAUUUUUAAUCGUAGUGUUUAAAGUUUCAGACAAGCUCAGUAGCCUACAUAUAGUUGAUGCUAUUCAAACAUACAGUGCAUUCGGAAAGUAUUCAGACCCCUUGACUUUUUCCACAUUUUGUUACAUUACAGCCUUAUUCUAAAAUUGAUUAAAUAGUUUUUUUCCCUCAUGAAUCAACACACAAUACCCAAUAAUGACAAAGCAAAAACAGGUUUUUAGAAAAAGUUUCUAAUUUAUUACAAAUAAAAAACUGAAAUAUAACAUUUACGUAAGUAUUCAGACCCUUUACUCAGUACUUUGUUGAAGCACCUUUGGCAGAGAUUACAGCCUAGAGUUUUCUUAGGUGUGACCCUACAAGCUUGGCACACCUGUAUUUGGGGAGUUUCUCCCAUUCUUCUCUGCAGAUUCUCUCAAGCACUGUCAGGUUGGAUGGGGAGCGUCGCUGCACAGCUAUUUUCAGGUCUCUUCAGAGAUGUUCAAUCGGGUUCAAGUCCGGGUUCUGGCUGCGCCACUCAAGGACAUUCAGAGGCUUGACCCGAAGCCACUCCUGCGUUGUCUUGGCUGUGUGCUUAGGGCCGUUGUCCUGUUGGAAGGUGAACCUUCGCCCCAGUCUGAGGGCCUGAGCGCUCUGGAACAGGUUUUCAUCAAGGAUCUCUCUGUACUUUGCUCCAUUCAUCUUUCCCUCGAUCCUGACUAGUCUCAUAGUCCCUGCCGCUGAAAAACAUCCCCACAGCAUGAUGCUGCCACUACCAUGCUUCACCGUAGGGAUAGUGCCAUGUUUCCUCCAGACGUGACACUUGGCAUUCAGGCCAAAGAGUUCAAUCUUGGUUUCAUCAGAACAGAGAAUCUUGUUUCUCAUGGUCUGAGAGUCCUGUAGGUGCCUUUUGGCAAACUCCAAGCGGGCUGUCAUGUGCCUUUUACUGAGGAGUGGCAUCCGUCUGGCCACUCUACCAUCAUGGCCUGAUUGGUGGAGUGCUGCCGAGAUGGUUUUUCCUUCUAGAACGUUCUCCCAUCUCCUCAGAGGAACUCUGGAGCUCUGUCAAAGUGACCAUCGAGUUCUUGGUCACCUCACUGAGCAAGGCCCUUCUCCCCCGUUUGCUCAGUUUGGCUGGGCGGCCAGCUCUAGGAAGAGUCUUGGUGGUUCCAAACUUCUUCCAUUUAAGAAUGAUGGAGGCCACUGUGUUCUUGCGGACCUUCAAUGCUGCAGACAUUUUUUGGUACCCUUCCCCAGAUCUGUGCCUCGACACAAUCCUGUCUCUGAGCUCUACGGACAAUUCCUUCGACCUCAUGGCUUGGUUUUUGCUCUGACAUGCACUGUCAACUGUGAGACCUUAUAUAGACAAGUGUGUGCCUUUCCAACUCAUGUCCAAUCAAUUGAAUUUAACCCAGGUGGACUCCAAUCAAGUUGUAGAAACAUCUCAAGGAUGAUCAAUGGAAACAGGAUGCACCUGAGCUCAAUUUCGAGUCCCAUAGCAAAGGGUCUGAAUACUUAUGUAAAUAACGUAUUUCUGUUUUUUAUUUGUAAUAAAAUUGCUAACAUUUCAGAAAACCUGUUUUCGCUUUGUCAUUAUGGGGUAUUAUGUGUAGAUUGAUGAGAAAAAACAUCCAUUUAAUCCAUUUUAAAAUAAGGCUGUAACGUAACAAAAUGUGGAAAAAGUGAAGGGGUCUGAAUACUUUCCGAAUGCACUGUAGGGUGUGUCUAUAUAUGGAAAAAUACACGUUUUAACAUUUCGACCAAUCGAUUGGUCGAAAGAACAGACGACUUUGGGUCAACCAAGUUUAUUUUUAGUCGGGGACAGCCCUACUUCGAGUACAUAGUUUUUUAAUCCUAACAGAGUUUUGUGACGUAUAUAUCUCCUUUCUCCAUCUCACCUAGUCUUAUCUCUCAGGCACACAUUACCACUCAGUUGCCUUUUUCCGCUAUGCAUCAUUAGUGCAUUUCUCAGUGUAGGAAAAAUGUCCCUUUCUCCUCCUUUCUUAAAAUGAAAACAACUUCACUGUGUCACACAGCGCCCUUGAGGUCCAUUCUUAAGGAUGCUAUGAGUUCUACUGAUGGAAGGAUCUUAAAAUACGCUUCGACCACAUAUCCUGGAGUUUCCUUUUUUUCUUUGUCAUGAAAAAACUUAAAUGGAAGAGGCAUUUAGUGUUUAUUGAGUUCAGUUGUUAUUAUGAUGAAUUAUAGGUAUGUGCUAAGAAUGGCAGGGUUAUGCUAGGAGCAGGAAAUAAGGGCUGCGUAUGCUCCGUAUUGUCACUGAGAAAUUCCAAUGUAUGUACUUGUGCUUACAAAUGGCAAUGAAUGAAACUUGAAGUUGAACUUAAGAUGCUGCAUCCCUCUCCUGUCCUCUACAGGCUGACUCUCAGCCGGACAAGACUCCUGACCCGGGCUGCCAAGGGCUUCAUGUUUCGCUCACACAGCAAAACCAGCAACUCUGUGGGGGAGAGCGAAAAUGAAAAAAAAGACUACAUUCCUCUGGUACAUAAUUCAGCGUUGACAAAAUGCCACGUUUUUGAAAAUAUAAAUGUGUAUAUUUUAUCACCCCACAUCCUUACUUAUCUCCCGAUCUCUGGUACAGGUGUCCUUACAGUUGGCGUGUGGUGCGUUCUGCCUGGACAGCGCUCUGUGUGAGGCCAUCAAUGUGCACAUGGACAAGCUGAAGUGGACAUCUCCCUUCACCAGCCACCGGGUCAGUCUGAGUCACCACGUCUCCCACUCAGCCAGCCGCUGCUCAGACAGCAGCGCUGCAGACCACAGCCACAGGUCCACCUCUCCAUCUCCAUUUGAGAGCUCAGCUAAUGUUACAGAGACCAGCCUGGCAGGCCACCACCAGGCUGUCAGCAGCUACAGCCAGGCGGGCCACAGCUCCUCACACCUGGCCAGGAGUCUCUGGACAGAGGGUGGGUCUGGAUCUUCUCUUUUCUUCCUGGGCGGCCCCUCCACCCCUACCACCUACGCUGAGCCCCCUCUCUCCCCUCACUCCCUGACUGACAGCAGAAGGGACUCGGAGUCGGAGAGUGUGGAAACCCCCCCAGCAGCGCCCCCUGGUGGCCUGGGGUCCGGUAAGAGGCUGGAUACGGAGGGCAUGGUGUGGGCCACAGCUGUAGCCCUGGCCUGGCUGGAGCACAGCUCGGCCAGCUACUUCAUAGAGUGGGAGCUGAUAGCGGCUAAGGCUAGCAUGUGGCUCAAUGCCCAGAGCAUCCCUGAAGGAAAGGACUUAGCCUCGGUCAAGUCUGCUGCCAACCAGCUCUUUAUCAUCCUCCGACACUGGGAUGAGAACCUGCAGCUCAACAUGCUCUGCUACAACCCCAACAGUGUC